AUCCGGACCGUCCGACUCGGCUACGCGAUUCAGUUCGCCAGGCGCCCGCCCAGGUUCAGCGGUAUUCACUUCACCUUCGUCAAGGUCGAAAACGCUGUUACCCUGCGCGCGGAAAUCGCUACCCUCCUACGGAAGGGCGCGAUAGAACCUGUCCCUCCAGCCGAGGUGAAGAAAGGGUUUUACAGCCCCUACUUCAUCGUACCAAAGAAAGGCGGUGGGUUGCGGCCAAUCUUGGACCUGCGAGUACUGAACCGGGCUUUACACAGACUCCCGUUCAAUAUGCUGACGCAAAGACGCAUUUUAGCGAGCGUCCGGCAUCAGGAUUGGUUCGCGGCGGUAGACCUGAAGGACGCGUACUUUCACGUCUCGAUCCUUCCUCGACACAGACCCUUCCUGCGGUUCGUGUUCGAGGGUCGGGCGUAUCAGUACAAAGUCCUCCCUUUCGGCCUGUCCCUGUCUCCACGCGUCUUUACGAAGAUCGCAGAGGCUGCCCUUGCCCCGUUAAAGGAGGUAGGCAUUCGCAUUCUCAACUAUCUUGACGACUGGCUAAUCUUAGCUCACUCUACCGACCUCUCGUUUCUACAAGCAGGUGUUCCUCUAGAACUGGUCUCCAGGCGCAUCGUGGUCACUACAGACGCCUCCAAGACGGGCUGGGGCGCUGUUUGCAAUGGGCACGCAGCCACCGGCCUCUGGACGGGUCCGCGGCUGCGUUGGCACAUCAACUGCCUCGAGUUACUGGCAAUUCUGCUCGCCCUGCGGAGGUUCCGGCCGUUGAUCCAGGGCAACUACGUGCUAGUUCGGACAGACAGCACGGCAGCGGUAGCAUAUGUCAACCGCCAAGGCGGUCUGCGCUCCCGCUGUAUGUCACAACUCGCCCGCCGUCUCCUCCUCCGGAGUCAGCAGCACCUCAAGUCGCUGCGAGCCACUCAUAUCCCGGGCAACCUCAACGCCACUGCGGACGCGCUGUCACGGCAGGUUCCCCGCAGGGGAGAGUGGAGACUCCACCCCCAGGUGGUCCAGCUGAUUUGGAGUCGAUUCGGUCAGGCUCAGGUGGACCUGUUCGCCUCUCAAGAAUCCUCCCACUGCCCGCUCUGGUACGCCCUCACCGAGGCUCCUCUCGGCAUAGACACACUGGCACACAGCUGGCCCCCUGGCAUUCACAAAUACGCGUUUCCCCCAGUGAGCCUACUUACACAGACACUGUGCAAAGUCAGGGAGGACGAGGAGCAGGUCGUCCUGGUAGCACCCUACUGGCCCACCCAGACAUGGUUCUCGGACCUCACGCUCCUCGCGACAGCUCCCCCCUGGCAAAUUCCCUUGAGGAAGGACCUUCUUUCUCAGGGACGGGGCACCCUCUGGCACCCACGCCCAGACCUCUGGAAUCUCCAUGUCUGG